AUGGAGAAACAUGAAGAUGUUCAAUACUGUUUUCAAGACGGAAAUUCUUCUUGCAGAAAGGCUUUGCUAUCGACAUCUAUCUACAUAACACUGUACAUCUUCUUCUCAUUGAUUUCAGCAGUUACAGUAUUUUUGAACCUACUGGUGAUCAUCUCCAUCUCUCACUUCAAGCAGCUCCAUACUCCAACCAACCUGCUCAUCCUCUCUCUGGCUGUGUCAGAUCUCCUCGUGGGACUGAUUGUGAUACCAGUAACGACUGAAGCAGUAAUGGAACAGUGCUGGGAUUUUGGGGAAUAUUUCUGUGUGUUUCAGAUCUACGUUACUUUUUUAUGUACUACUUUAUCUCUGGGCAAUUUGGUCUUGAUAUCUAUUGACCGCUAUGUUGCUGUGUGUGAUCCCUUAUUGUACCACUCUAAAAUAACAAUAACAAGAAUUAUGUGUUGUAUAUCCAUUACCUGGUGCUGUUGUAUCAUAUACCGUGCUACUAUUAUAAAAAACUUUGUAAAUGUACAGGUACCCAGUCGGUGUUUAAAUGAAUGUUUUAUUGCUGAAGGGUCAAUCUGGGUUAAUAUUAUUGACCUUGUAAUUACAAUGAUUGUCCCAUGCUCUAUUAUUAUAACACUUUAUAUGAAAAUCUUUGUGGUGGCCAGAUCACAGGCCAGAAAUGUAUUUUCUAAAGAGGCUGCCAUUAUCAUCGGCUUUCUGCCUCUUGUUAAUUCCUUAAUUAAUCCAAUAAUUUAUGCUUUCUUUUAUCCAUGGUUCAAAGUGACGGCUAAACAUAUUUUAACUCUUAAGAUGUUUAAUAAAUAUUCUCAUUUACUGAUGAUUAGUAAAGUAGUUUUGCAGUCCCUAAUCUAA